AUGGAUAAUUUAUCGAGAGGACCACCUCGUGCUACACGUCCCGCUCCAACUGUUUUUUGUUACAUUUGUGGGAGGCAGUUCGGUUCUAAAAGCAUCAGUAUUCACGAACCACAGUGCUUACAAAAAUGGCAGUUAGAGAACGAAAAGCUCCCAAAAUCUAAAAGAAGAGCGCUACCGGUUAAGCCGGAUGUCAUACUCGCUUCUGAUGGAAUGACCAUUGAUAAGGAAGCUACGAAUGAAGUUCUAUGGAAAAAUUCGCAGGGGCUCAUGGUAGAUUGUGAACAUUGUGGUCGUCGUUUCAAAGAGGAUAGACUUGAAGUUCAUCAAAGGAGCUGUACAGCAGAUAGUCCCGCAAAGAAAGUUGGAGCUGCACGCUCGAACUCUAAGACAAAGCGUCGUUAG